AUGGCUGACAAGCGCACUCGUUGCUUCUUCGACAUCGCCAUUGGUGGUGUGAAGACUGGUCGGAUCGCCUUUGAACUCUACAAUGACAUCGUCCCCAAGACAGCUGAAAACUUUCGCGCACUAUGCACCGGCGAGAAGGGUGUCGGCAAGGCCGGCAAGCCUCUCCACUACAAGGGCUCGAGCUUCCACCGCGUUAUCAAGGGCUUCAUGAUCCAAGGCGGAGAUUUUACGGAAGGCAAUGGCACCGGAGGUGAGAGCAUCUACGGCGAAAAGUUCGAAGACGAGAACUUUGAGAAGAUCCACGACAAGCCGUUCUUGCUGAGCAUGGCAAACGCUGGACCAGGCACCAACGGCUCUCAAUUCUUCGUCACCACCGUUCCUACACCACAUCUGGACAAGAAGCACGUUGUGUACGGCGAGGUCAUCAACGGCAAGAGCAUUGUUCGACAAAUUGAGAACUUGAAGACACAGAGCGGCGACAAGCCAUGGCAGGACGCUACCAUUAUCGACUGCGGUGAGCUCACAGGCGAUGAUUACACCAAGGCAGUCGAGAAGACACCUGACGUUACCGGCGAUCCAUACGAGGACUUCCCGGAGGACCAGAAGUCGAGCGAGGAAGAGUGGGAAGGCGCACAGAUCCUGAAGAUCGCAACCGAGCUGAAGGACAUGGGCAAUACGGCGUUCAAGAGGCAGGACCUCAACCUGGGCAUCAAGAAGUACCAGAAGUCGCUCCGCUACUUACACGAGUACCCUGCGCCAGCAGACAACGACCCUCCUGAGCUCUGGAAAAACCUCCAGGCCUUGAAGAUCACCGUUUACCUCAACCUCGCCCUCCUUCAGAACAAGACCAGCCAGUACACCGAGGCCGCUGACAGUGCGACCAAAGCGCUAGACAUUGAGGGUAUCACAGAGAAGGACCUUGCGAAGGCAUACUUCAGAAGGGCGCAAGCAAAGGCCGGCAAGAAGAGCGAAGAAGACGCGCUGACAGAUCUGACCGAGGCCAUCAAAUAUGCGCCAGGGGACGCAGCGAUUGUCAAGGAACUCGAUAUUGUGAAGAAGAGGGUGCAGAGUAGGAAGGAGAAGGAGAAGAAGGCGUACGCAAACGCAUUCAACUUCUAG